UGGGCAGCCUGGCGACGCGGGUUUCUUAUGGCGCCUCUGCGCGCUUUGACAGCCGACCGAAGCAGGUCAGGUUCCCCGGGCGGUGAAGUUUCCAGCGGCUGCAGCUGACCCGGCAAGGGGAGUAGCGACAAAAGCUUGUAAAAGUGUCUCAGCCCGCAGCUGGGAAUUUGCAGACAGUCCCUCGGUGCUUCCGGUAGGAUUGCCGGCUGAUGGGGCGGAAGAAAAGGGAAGCGCUCAGCUGUUCAGUUGAAGGUCUCAAGUCCAGUCCUGACUCCUGACAGCUGUUCUCUGCUCCUGCUGAUACCUCUGGGACACUGUUGGCACCUAAUAAACCCGGGUACUGGGUAUUCCCCUCCAAAAGAAACAAGAAGCCUGAUGUCUUUUUGUAGUGCCUCAAGCAGACGGCUCCAUAAUGACAGCUGCUGAUCCCAGCUUCUGGGACUGAAGUGGAAACGAGGAAUGACCCUUCUCAGGUAUUUUAUGGCGUGAGAUACCCAAGGAGACCACCCACACCAUCAAUGGACAGCAUGUUCAUAGACGAUCCUGUAUCGGAGGGCAGGAGCCCCAUCUCCCUGAGUGUCCUCACAUUUCUGGAUACUCUGAGCAACAGUACAGAAGAACAGUGCUUCAGUGCCCGUUCGCAUAGCACAGUCUUGCAAGGGCUGCCGUUUGGUGGGGUACCCACCAUCCUUGCUCUCAACUUCAUCCUCUGGCUGUUCCUCCUCUUGGUCUUCUCUUGCCUUCGGAAAGCGGCUUGGGACUACGGGCGCCUGGCUUUGCUGGUGGAUAAUGACAGCCGUUUCCCUCCAAGCACAUGGAAUUCCUACGACCUGACAUCACUCUUCUAUGGGGAGCAAAGUGAGAAAGAGAAAUCGCCAUCAGAGACCAGUCCCCUGGAUGCAGACAACAAAGACGUGGGUUUCUGCUCCUGGCUCCUGUCCAUCUACCAGAUGAAGGAUGAGGAAAUUCAAAGCAAAUGUGGAAUCGACGCCACCACCUACCUCUCCUUCCAGCGGCACAUACUGGUGCUGCUUAUGAUCAUCUGUGUCCUCUCUGUGGCUGUCAUCCUCCCGGUCAACUUCUCUGGGGACCUUCUGGGGAAGCAUCCAGCUAAUUUUGGCAGAACCACAAUUGCCAAUGUUCCAAGAGAUGACCGACUAUUGUGGCUACACAGUAUCUUUGCCCUCCUUUAUUUCAUUAUAGCCGUCCUCUGCAUGGCUCAUCACUCCAUCCAACUUGACUACAAAGAAAAUGAGAAGGUGGCCCGGACACUGAUGGUAACUAGGAUUCCGAAAGAAAUCACUGAUGCAUCCCUUGUCAUCAAACACUUCCAUGAGGCUUAUCCCAGCUGCACUGUGACUGGUGUCCAGUUCUGCUCAGAUGUUCGCAAACUGAUGAAGCUGGAUUCAGAGAGGCGCAAGGCAAUGAAAGGAAGACUGUACUUUACCAACAAGGCUCAAAAGGAAGGGAAAAUCAUGAUCAAGAUCCACCCUUGUUCCCGCAUCUUCUGCUGUCGGAUCUGUGGUUUUGAAGAGGUUGAUGCAGAGCAGUAUUAUGGGGAACUUGAGGAGAAGUUGACAGAUGAGUUUAAUGCCGAACGCAGCCGGAUCACACUCAAGCGCCUCGAUAUGGCUUUUGUCACAUUCCAGGAUGAGAGGAUGACAGCUACUAUUUUGAAGGAUUACAGCCGUACCCGCUGCCGCAAGCACCCACAACAGUCCUCCGUUACCACGGUGGUGAAGUCCCAUUGCUGGGGGGUGAAAUAUGCCCCUGCCCCCAAUGACAUCAUCUGGGAGAACUUGUCCGUCCGUGGUGCAUCGUGGUGGGUGCGAUUUGUACUGCUCAACAUCUGCCUCUUCAUUCUUCUCUUCUUCCUUACCACGCCUGCCAUCAUUGUCAACACCAUGGACAUGUUCAACGUCACACGGCCUGUGGAAAGCCUCAAGAACCCAAUUGUCACCCAGUUCUUCCCCACGCUGCUGCUCUGGGCCUUCUCCGUGUUCCUCCCUUUCAUUGUGUAUUACUCAGCUUUCUUCGAGGCACACUGGACAAGAUCCAAUGAAAAUCAGCUCACAAUGCACAAGUGUUACUUUUUCCUGGUCUUUAUGGUUAUCAUCUUGCCUUCGCUUGGACUGACCAGUCUGGAUCUCUUUUUCCGGUGGCUCUUUGACAUCCACUUCUUGGAGGAGAGACAGAUAAAGUUUCAAUGUGUGUUCCUUCCUGAUAAUGGUGCUUUCUUCGUCAAUUACGUCAUCACCUCCAGCCUGAUAGGAACAGCCAUGGAGUUACUGCGCAUUCCUGGACUUAUUGUCUAUGCCACCAGACUUUGUUUUGCAAAGUCUGAACCUGAGCGACUCCAUAUCAAGCGGAACCAAGCAUAUGAGUUUCAGUUUGGAUUGGAAUAUGCCUGGACCUGUUGCAUUUUUGCUGUUGUCAUGACCUAUAGCAUCACCUGCCCCAUUAUUGUCCCCUUUGGUUUGCUCUAUAUGCUGCUGAAGCACAUGGUUGAUCGCUACAAUAUUUACUAUGUGUAUAUUCCCACCAAGCUAAACCAGCGUAUCCACUCAGCAGCUGUAAGCCAAGUGGUAGUGGCUCCCAUCCUGUGCAUGUUCUGGCUGCUGUUCUUCUCCAUUCUCCGUCUAGGCCUCACCCGCCCCGUCACUCUCUUCACUUGUGUAGUCCUUUUCUUGUGUAUCCUUUUUUCCUUCUUUGGCCUUUGUUUGAAGAAGCUCCAGCCAAGGAAACCCUCCAGUUACCAGAUGUCUGAGCAAUCUGAAGGAGCAUUCAAUGAUACAGAAAGGAGCAGCAUCUCUUCCACUCCCAAUUCCAAUAUGUUUGUGGCCACAGUGCUGCAAGAGCCAGAACUAAGUUUGACACCAGCCGCCUCCCCAGCUCAUCAGUCCUACGGCACUAUGGGCACCCGCCUCGAGCAAGUGGAGACCUUGGACGAGGGUGGCAUGCAGAGCUUUGAGACAGAGUUGGAGAGCUCAGAGGCCGACUAUGGAACAGGGCUGGUGCUGGACAACCAGAGUUCGUAUCAUUGAUAACCUCUGGCCUAAGCAAUGACCAAGAGACAGAAACGUCUAAAUGUUAAGAGGGCCGGCGAGAAGCCUCACGUCCUAAGGCCUAGAUUUGUCCUGUGCUGCUGUGUACUAGUCCUCCUGUGAACCACUCCUGGGCAAAGAUUUGGUUCUUGCUAAGGAGGCUGGAACCCAUCGGGCUAACGGCUCAUAAGCCGUCUGUGCUGCAUGUCUCGUGGCCUCAGUCUGGGGAUGGCAGCUGACUGGUGGGCACAGGUAGUUUGACUUACGGAGGAGACGGAACUCACAAGGGAGAUUUGCGGGAGCUUUUUUGCUUCCAACAGCUCCAGCUGUUCCGGAGCCCCUUCUGUUUGUGGCCCCUCAUCCUACCACUCCAGGCUCUCCAGACUUCCGUUGCCUGACUCUUCUGAUAAACCUCCUCCAAUCUCUGUCGCCCUGUUAUCUUGUGCUCUCCCUCCUCCUCUUUCGCUUCUAUGUUCUCUCUGGUUAUGGGGAAACACUUCUGCAGUGUGUGUGCAGGCUUCUGCUCAUGACAGUUGAGGAAGGAGACUGUGGGAUUUCCCCAGUGUUACCCCACCACCACCACUCCGGUGGCCAUGAACUUUAAAGAAAGCUUUGAGGGAAUUGAGAGGGGAGGAGCUUCCUUCAACAAAUUAAAAACGACCAGAUCACUUUGAGCAGCGUGUCUGUUGCAGAAGGAGAAGGCCCAUAGGGUUUCCUCAAGCCACAGGGGUAAUAAGAGACUCUCUGAUGUGAAUGACAAAAACUGUUAAGAUUUUGGUCGUGCCCUACAAGUUGCUGCUACUGCUUUUGCCCAAAUCAGCUGCCUCCAAGAAAGACUUGCUGUGCCCAUUUGGCCUGACUUGUCUCUAUUUUUCUAGGCUGGUUGUGUUCCAGAAGAAUUGUUCUGUACAGUUUCGCCUGUUUUUUGUCCAUAGUCCAGAAGGGUGUAGCUGAAGUUCCUUGUUAAAGUAGACUUCCAAAUCGGGGUAAAGGAAAGGUUAGAUUAGCAGUGAUGGGCCAAACAAAAGCAACAGCAACAGCCCUGUGUGUUUUUAAAGCCUACAUCUACAGGGGGUGGUGACCAUAGUUUAAAAGCAAGAGGGGAUGGAUGGGUAAGGGGGAAAGAACCCUAUGCCUGCUGCUCACCACCCUUCAGCCCCUCCCCAUCCCCCCUUCCCCAACUUGGGCCUGCUUCCACUAUUGGACCCUGGCUAGGGGGAAAGCAGCUCAAGUGAUUGAUUGCAGAAAGGUAAGUUGUGGUCAAAGAAGCCCCAUAGUCUUUUUGGCACUUCUGCAUGGUCCACACCCACCUUCCUCUGUGAUUGGGGGAGAUCCAGAUUUAAACCCAGAUGUGUUGCUAUGGUGCCUGAUUUGACCCUUGCUGGACAGCCAAGGCUGGGGUGGAAUAACAGGCAGAGGUGAGGUCUGUGCCUUUAAAUGAUAAGGAAGCCUUUGUAUACCAGCAUGUUCCAGAUUGCCAGCUCCAGCUGCAUGGAUAUCACAUAUGCACCCCAUAAAGUCCAAGAGGGCAAUUAAAGUUGAAAGGUAUCACUACAGGAUACUUUUUUUGUUAGAUUUCUGCAUGGGGAUGAUUUAAGAGCUGCUUAGAAACACCUGCAUCACACAGGGCUUUUUCUGGCUCAAUUGCAUAACAUGCUGCUCUGUUACUGAGUUCUCAUGCCAAAUAUGUUUUGCAGAGUCCCUGGAGUUCAGUGCAUGGGGGAACCCCUCUCAUGCUGGCAUUCUAGAAUGUAUCGGGGGAGGAAUCGGAAAGACCUUGGAAUGUGGCUCGUGUCAUAAAGGAAGUAAAGGGACUGGAGAGUUAUAGGCAGCUUGCAAUCAAAUCUUACCAAUGUAGGGUUGCCACUGUAACAGUUGUGUGAUGGUCACUAAGGGACAAUUCAUAUGUUACAAAUACCUAAUUUCUCCAUCAUGUCAAUCAAAUGUGGAUUUGGAGUUCCAUGCUGAGAACUUGAUUCUCAGCCACACACAAGUCAAUUCAGGUAAGGGCUGCAGCAGGUGAGGGCUUAAGCCUUCCCACACACAAUUUUUCCAUCAUAAAAUGGCCCAUUGAGGAAACCCACAGGUAGCCCACUGGCAAGGGUGAAUGUAACUCAUUUUCUCCCUCCUCCCUUGCCCUCCCCAUCUCGAAACCAAAGAUAGAAAGUAACAUUAGCAACUUUGCUAUUGGUUCUCCAUAUCCGCCUAUAGUUCACUUUCACCCCCGCCUGUCAGUACACAUGUAGGCCCCCCCUCCAAUCCUGCAAGGAGACAAAUAGUAGUUUCCCAGGGCCAUUUUUGGUCAGGAAAAGGAUAUGGGAGGAAGGUGUAAGCCCUCUCUUUCUACACACCACCUUCCCAGUUGGGCUCACAUAUGCCUGGGAAUUACACAGAACUCCCAGUGCACCUCUGGAUCAAUAAGUCACGUGAAGGAUCCAAGGACCUUUUAAAGUGUGAGUUGACCCAGGCAGGUGGAACUUUCCUAGCAGAGAGAUGCAGUAGAAGCAAGCCUUCUCCAAGCUACUGCACCUCCAUGUUACAAAAUCUUCUCGUGCCGAUUGUUGCCUGCCACACAACUCUAAAGGCACAGGAACCCAAACAGGAGGCAAGACUUAUUUUGUGCAGGACGGAUCAAGUCAGCUUGCUGUUCACAGAGCAGCAGAAGAAUAUCUAGGGGUUAUAACUAAAUCCAGAGGUAAGGAAUGAGGUAAAAUCUAAGCUUGCAAUUCAACAUACAUUUUUGUGUAAAGUGCUGUCAAGUUGCAGCCAACUUAUGGCAACCCCGUAAGUUUUCAAAGCAAAAGAUGAACAGAGGUGGUUUGCCAUUGCCUACCUCUGCAGAGUCUCCCGUCCAUUUAUUAACCAAGGCCAACCCUUCCUACUUUCCGAGAACUGAUGAGAUCAGGCUAUACUGGAAUAUCCAGGCCAGGACCCAAAAUACAUACCUUGAAAUAAAUCCUAUUAAAGGCAAUGGAAAUUUUUUCCAAGUAAAACACUGCUGUAAAUCAGGAUGUUAACUUGAAUUAUUAAGAUGUUAGAUCCUUCCAACUAACCCAGCCUGGACACUGACAUAACACAACUACUUUAAAGUGUAGCUGCCUUUAACAUGCGGAACAGAAAAUGGAGUUGAACUGGUAAGUGAAUCCUUCUAAUGACUUGUCAGCCGCUGUGGAAAUUUUACCAUGCCCUCUAAACUGGAUAAACAGAAGCAGAUGAAUGGUAAAAUUCUCACUUCGUGGCAAGAUGUUACAGAUAACUUGGUGGCUGUAUCACCAAUUAAUAAUUAAGUUAUCCGUUGAAAUUUUGACCUAACUCAGCUGAAUGGUUUCAUACCAUGAGGAGCUCAAAAGCCAAGUUGUAUAAACAGGCUUGCCUCCUUAAAAUCAAAGAACAGUGUCCUUCCGUAGUGGUGGUGGUAAUGUUAUUUCCCUUGAGUUAUUCUUUUAUAGCUUAAAAUAAAUUCACACAUUUUUCUCAGGUGUGUGUUCUUACUAAAUUGACACAGCCUCAUCAAGGACUGAUUGAAAGUAGCAUUUAUAGGUUCAAUUGCCAUUCUUGGUCCUGUGAAAUGACCCAAUGCUAGCUGCCAGUAUACCAAAGCUUGGUUUGUUUCUUAAAAGCGUAAGAUGGCAUGGGGUACUACAUUGCUGCUUUUGCUAAUGUUAAGGACCACAGGAAAAUGAAAGGCACUAGAUUGGCCACUCUGCUUUGGUUGCAGAGGAUGGAGGGCUGUUGUUCAUCCUAUCCCAAAAGCCUGUUGACUGAAUUGCACACAAAGGAAUGAAUGUUUAGUCGCCAGGCAGCUGAUGAACUGUUUUUAAAUUUCCCUGCUGUAGGUUUCCCUGCUCUAGCCUAGUACGAACUGAUAGUUCUCCAGAAUUCAGAGCACUCUUCCCAGUUUUAUGUAGUACAAUAAACUUUCUGGAAAGUAUUUUCAGGUAGGAAUUAGCAUACAAGUAUAGAAAUCUGAUCAAAGGAGACACUUGUAUUUUGCUGUGUGAAUGCCAUGUAUGUGCACAAAGUCGUGAAUAUGUAAGCUUAUCUAGACAUUUUGUAAUCAUGAGGUCUUUCUAACUGGGAACUGAACCUCAGCCUUAACUAUGCAAAGCCGUAUUCUCUUUCACCACUCAGGUCCCCUCAGCUGUGAAUGUGGAAGAUUCUGCAGAACUGCGUGUCACUUUUCACGGAAGAAACAGUAGGUGUCCUAUCAGUGGCACACUUCAUUUGACAAAGCUGCAUUGUGCUGUGCCCAUAGCAAGAAACAUGCCAUUUAUAAACCUCAUUCUAAGAACUAAGCAAAUGAGGGGUCUAAUAGAGGAAGAAAAGCAGGGACUUAACUGAAAAAGCUGCCUUCCACCAAGCCGUUGCUCCAUCUAGGUCAGUAUUGUCCAUUUAGAGUGGCAGCCAUUGUCCAGGAGUGCAGGUCAAAGUCUUUUACAUUUCCUACUGUUUGGUCCUUUUACCUAGAUGCCAGUGGUUGAAUUUGGGCCCUUCUGCGUGCAAAGCAGAUGCUCUACCACUAAGCCAUGGCUGGUGUUUUAAAUCAAUAGUCAGAUAAGUGAAAACUAAUUCCACAUACUUACUGAACUCUGUGGAGUUUCAAGGGAGGCAACUUAUCUUUUAUCUCUGGUGGGGAAUUGUUAAGCGUCCAAAGUGGGAGACACAUGAAUAGUAGUUUUAACUCUUGGUGUUUUGGUUUCACAAUGAGAUGGUCAAUGACUUCUGCAGACUCUGUAUCCUCUGAAGAUGGCAUCCUACUCAUUUUAGUGAUUUUCUUCCACAAAUAUCACUUGUCGUUGUGAUACGAAGGUGCCAGGAUUAUCCUUGGUGAGUGUGUGUGUGUGUGUGUUUGCAUGUAUGUAAAGACUGUUGUAGGUUAGAACACAUGGUUACAAAAAUGGCAGAGUGAAAUCAAGGUAGACUUUCCCCCCAGAACUGGCCAAAUUAACUCUAGAUUCUACCAGGCUUUAUGAUGCUCAGCGUCCUCAUUUUAUGGAUGUAUAUUCACCUGCCUUUCAUACAGCUUUUGAGGACUUUUACUACCCUUGAGCAACACUUGGUAUCAGAUUACUGAAUCAAAUAAUGUUUUAGCAUAUAUGCUGCCAUGUAUCAGCCAAUCAUGCUCUCCCUAAAGCGCAUCCUUUGAAAGUCUGAGAAUAGUGAUGGAGCAUUUCAUGACUGUUUUGUACUAUGUCAGGGAAGAGAUCUGAUGUUCUUGUAUGACUCGGGUGGUUCCUCCAAAUACUGUAUCAAUACUUGGAAGCUGCAAUCCUAUGCACGUUUACAUGGCAGGAAGUCACACUGAAUGCAAGUGGGGCUGGCUUAGUUCUGAGGAAGUCACAGGAUUUUGUUGUGUGGGUGGAUGGACACACACACACACAGGCCAUGAACCAAGUUGCAUUAUCCAGGUAUGCCUCUCCUUUUUCCUGUGCUGGACUUCUUUAAAAAUUUCCUACAGGUCAGAGCUAGCCAUCGUCCUUACCACAGACAGGUGGAAGUGCUAGGCAAGCUGCCAGGUCUGCCAGAAUGAUAAACUUUAGGGCCGUAGCUAAUUUCAGGGGGUGGGAUGGGAUCUGGACUACCGCUCGUCAGAAGAGGCAGAGGUAGGCAAGAUGUAGCUAUUUUUAGAACAUUUUAAUCCCACCCUUUCUCCAGGAAGCUGGGAGCAGCGUACAUGCUCUCCUGGCUUCCAUUCUAUCCUGCCAACAAGCCCAUGAGGUAGGCGAGGCAGAGAGUGAAUGACUGGCCUAAGAUCACCCAGUAAUUUUCAGGCAAGUGAACUGAACCCAGAGCUCUUCCAGUUCAGCUCUCUAACCAGUAUUCCACACAGAAGUGUUCUCACCCACAUGGGGCAACCUACCUAAUGAUGCAGCACAGAAUCCAGUAAAAGUUUUGCCCAUCUGCACACAUGAGAUUUUCCAUCUUGUCUAUUCUGGCAAUGGCUGCCUGGUUCCAAGGGUGAUCCUGUCCAGUAAUGUAGGGUGAGCAACUGCUCCUAACGUUCCUCCUGUGGCCUGUGAAAUCAUUUUAGCACGUGAAUAGGCUAACCUCAAGCAAACCUCAAGCCCUUCUUUCCCACCUGUCUCUCUUUCAUGGAGACAAAGUGCCUGUGAGUAGGUAUGGUGGCUUGACUGGGAGGGGGCACGGGGUUCUGGUUUCUUUUCUUUCCCUUGGUUGUUGCCCUCUAGGAAUGUGCCAGAGUUCUGUAUCUUCUUGUUAUAUUUAUUGCUAUGAUCGUGCCUUGAAUAAAGUUACUUCACCCAGCUGGUGCCUGGGGGGGUUGCGCUGCA